UAACAGAGUUAAUCCAUUGCUCUCAUUAAUGAGUGGUGCAAGGGACAUGGACCAUAACAGGUGAGGGGGAAAUAAGGAAAAUAAGAUGACUCAAAGAAUGAAAACAGGAAACAGAUGCCCAGUGCUGUGUGUAACUUGCAAAAAGGCUUGUAUGGAUCUAGAAGGGGAGUUAGAAAUUAGUCAUACGCAGCUGUAUCCUGGUCUGGACACUCAAAAGGGCUCCAUACCCUACUGCUCCAGCAAAUUUUUGAAAAUUUUGCCCCAAUAAUUCUGAGGAAGUGCCACUAAGAAAUUCCAUGACAAAGAUUGUAUUUCUUUUAUUAUAGGAUCUCAAAAUAUUUCAUAUCCUAUGUAUAAAAUAUGAAAUGCAGUGUUAACACAAUAUGAUUACAUAGCUUAAAUAUUACAAAAUUUUUAGCUUUGAGCAUUAUUUACUGUAUGUAAUCUUUCUAAGCUAAAGGCCACUUUGCUAAUAAUAAGUUGGUAUUUUACUUGAGAUAUUGUCCUGAGGUCCACUAGAGAACAAUUUCUGCUCCUUCAAAAGCACUAUCAAAGGAAGCAUAUGUUUGGGUGAGUGUGCAAUGGCUUUUGCUGUGUUGGUUAUUCAGUAGCCUAGAAUUAUUCUUAUCAUUUAUCAUCAGAUUUGAUUGCACUAUUAGAAAAUAAAAAUAUAAGCUCGACACGACAUGAAACAAAAGUUACAUGUUGACUUCUUUUAUGGAACUUCAAGUAAGUCUAAUAAACUACACAGGCUGCAGAUGCAUGCAGUGCUGGCCUGUCAGGAAACCAGCCCAAAUCCUUACAGCAUAAUACCGAAAAUAAAUCACACCACAGGAAAGAAAGAGCACAAUCAUUGUUUAUGGCAGAACUACAGCGCUUAUCUUCAAAGUAGCAGAUCCUUUUGAGUCGAUGUCACACUCACAUUUCUAAUACAAACUUCAGUCUAUGAGUGUGCUGCACUAAAAGAGAAUAAAGGAUUUUCUGUGGUCCCAAUACAGAUUGAAGUAAUUUACACUGGUUAAAAAGUAGUCUAGUCUUUGUUAGUGUAAGCAGUUUAACCAGUAUUGCUAUUAUUAAUCUAAUGUCUGAGUCUCACUAUUUAAUUAAACAUGGCCAGACCUUGCUGCAAAGGAGCAGGCUCAGAUUGUUUAUGUUAUCUGCUCUUGAUUGAGCCACUUAAGACAGACAGAUAUCAUGGUGUCUGACAGCUCUCAGUCUAACUCCAGUUAAUAAUUAGGGAUAAUUAUGCUUAAUGGAGGCUGCUCUGUCUGCUGAAGUGACAUAUACCAAAGACAGUGGAGGAUUAGUGCAUACAGUGUAUAGACUCACUAUGGACCAUACAAGACCAAUUGAAUUCAGAAGAUAAGACUUAUCAGUUACCAAGAAGAAUACAGUUCCUCAUUUGCACAGACAGUGCAGCAUACAGUCCUUCAUUUGCAGAGAGAUGAGAUGCAGUCCUCAGGAGGCAACUUCAGAUGCUCACAAAUAAGCUAGGAUGCGCUGUGUAAUUAAUCAUAGUCAAUAAAUUCUUGAUAGGCAACAGAAAACUACAUUAACUAAUGUAGUCACACAUAAUAAAAUGUUACAAACAACACUGAACAAUUUGUAGCAUAGAAUAAUACAAGUGUUAAAAAUACAAAUCGACUUUGAUCACAGAAUAUGAAUCCAUCCUCCCACAUGGCUGUGUGUUCAUAUCGUUGUUCGUAGAAGUUGCACUUAGACCACCUGGGCCCCAGCACAGACCUGAGCUGCUGUUUGAAGUCUGGCUGAGCCUGUCAUGUUAUCUGCACUUUGAGGUGGAGGCCAUUGUGUUCUGCUAAUGAGGCUACAUUAAGGCUGUCUACACCAGGGGGUAUGUAAUCCUCUCAGCUGGCUUGUCGUAGGUCUGGGCAGGGCCUGUUGACACUGGGAGUGAAGAGGCUUGCACUCGGCACCCUGGACUUCACUACACAGUGCAUCUUCACAAACAAAGUUCAGUGGGCACAAAGCACUCCAUUGAAUGCUGUCUGAGUUCUGUAUUUUGAUGCUAGCCUGCUGUGCCCAUAUAAUACAUUGCAUAGAUGGCACUACUAUGUUUUUGUCACACCUCUGGCCAUGAGACAAUGUGCUCUGUAUGAAUGAGCCUCUGUAAGGAAAGUCUGUGAGGUGGAACAGACAGCUGCCCAGAAUACAGUGCUUCAUUAGCUCAGGUAAACACACUGUCCCACGUCCUGCGUUGUGACAUCUCAAUCUCAUAAUGGUAACAAGUGUCUCCAGGUCAGAAAAUUAUCCAGGUAACUGUGGAAUCAGUCAAUCGGAGGGAAAAGUAAGACAAUCCAGUUCUGAUAUGCUUUAUCCCAGGUGAGAUGUUCUCAAAAUUACAAUACAAAGUUCACAAGAAUAGAAUCCAGUCUUCACCUGUGGUGAAAUCACCACUAAAAAACUAAACAAGCCUCUGAAACAGUAUGGUCCAACAGGCCAACUCCUGGUGCUCUUCUACCUUUGCCACCCAGCACAUGAGUGAUCCAGAGUGAAGAAGAGGCAGAGGACUGUCCCAUAUAUGGCUUCUGUCCAGUACAAUGGUACAUUGUCAUAAGGACAAUCCCUACUCACAAAGCAUAGUGACUAUUGAGCCAAGUGCGGCCCUUGUUUGAAGAUGAGACAAUGCACUGAUCCUACUGUCACCACAAAGAUUAGGAUUCAUUAUAAAAUUAGAUUAUAGGCAUAACUACCACAAGAUUUAGAUUUAAGACAAUUAUUUACUAAAGUAGAUUUGGAAAAACUAAAAAAUUUUAAGAAGACUAUUAGCUUUUUUUUUUUUUUUUUUAAAUAAACAGUAUGCUUUCAGUGAAUUAAACCCUUACAUCCUCUAAACACAGUACAGUGGCUCAAAGUCAGGUAAACGCAGUCGAAACUAAACGUUAUUGUAUUCACGCUGUGUCCUUCAAAUUAAUUGAUUAAAUCCAUUAGCCGUUUUCAAAGCGAAAUGCAGCAUGCGUUCUGAUUAACAUCUCGGAUGUGGAUUCUAUCCCUAAUACUGACAACCUGUACCCAAACAUUAGCCAACCCCCCUCCUUUUUAUGCAAAUAGCUCAAUCUCCCGAAGCUGUAAAUAUAGUUAAAUAUUUAAUUUAAGGUAGGUUCGCUUUCAGUGGACAUGAGACAUCGUCCACAUCUAAUCAGAUGGUCAAAGUCAAAGCUUAAUUUUUCCCUUUAAUCAACAAGUAAUGAAAUUUACUCGUGACUGUUUUGAUAAAGAAAACCCCUAAAUAAUGUGUACCUGGCAUGCCACAGGCACAAGUGUUUAUUGGGCCAUGUCAUUAUGCCCUGUCUCCAUGUGUAUUAACCUUCAUUGCAGGGUAUAAUCCACAUAUUAACAACAUAAAGAGACUGCGUUAGUGGCUCGUCUGUGAGACAAAGCCGGUCAGGUGCAGCUAUUACGCACCGUGUACUGCAGCGCCAACGCAACUCCUGGUACUUAAUGAGGGCUAUUGUAAUUUAAUGUUAGUCGCGAGGGCCCAGAAAAUAUAUUAAUAGAAACUGUGCGGUGGAGUGAGCACCUGUAAUGGAAUGACUGUUGUAGUGAAAAUGGAAACACGCGGCCGUGACUGCGGAUUUUCUGAACUAUAGCGCCAGUGGCUGCUGCAGAGGGCCACUGUUACUGUAGCAUUUAUAUUCCAUUUAGCGUUCAGCUAAAUUCAUUCAUAGCAGGGUAUACGAAAACAACUGUGCAAAGUUUUUGCACAAUUGUGACAUUAAUAGACAAUUAUGAUAAACAAGUAAAAAGGUCUAUGUCAACUUUUAUAAGUAGGAUAUCAAUAGUUUGGUCCACAUUAAACUCUAUGUGACCACGCUGUGGUUUCUGUCUCACCCUCUCCUUCAGUUUUGACAGACGUCAAUACACGUCAGCCUGACUCCGUCUGUUCAGUGAACUUUGACUUCACAAAAUUUGUUGGAGAAUGUCUGAUUUUGUAUGUUACUCUACGUGCUUCCAUGGUAUAAGAUUAUUCUCCCGGAUGUGCUGUAGUCUAUACCUCUAUCUGAAGUGUCUCCAAGCUAAUAUUAGUGUGUCCCGGUAAUCGCGUAAUAAAAGUGCCUUGAUCAUUCUUGUCGCAGUCGCGUAAAAUGUUCUCUGAUACAGAUGACCGAUAAGAACUGAGAGCCUCGAUGUAAUUAGUAACAAUCCAUGCCUCGUGAACACUUUGAUGUGCACCUAUCAAUACUCCUGUCAACACAAUUGAUUGGAUUCAAUUUCUCCAAGACAUCUCGCCAAAAUACUGUAUAUUUUCCCAAAAUAAUGUGAUAACUGAAAAAUAUCGGUUUGCAUUACAAAUCAAGUGUAUCAUUAGUGUAUUUAUAAAUGUCAUAUACCAUUUGUAUGUUUGAACUUUGUUAUUAUAAUAUAGGCCUAUUGCGAUGUGAGAUCUACUCCAAAUAUUUAUAAUUUAUUUAUUUAUUUAUUUAUUAAUAAAGUUUGUCUAAGUCUAAUGUGCUGUAGGCUCUAGCCAAAACGCGAGGAAUUUAGUGGGCACUUUCGACAAGAUCAGCUUUAUAUAGCUCCUUAUAUGACUCCGUAGGCCAAAUAAAAAAGUAUUUAUUAUUAAUUAAUUAUUAAGCUCUACUGGCCAUGAAUGACAGACUUAAUAGUAGCGAAGUUUCGCAAGUUCGUUGAUUGGAGUUCGUAUGUGCCUAUCACCAACCUGAGAAUACACCUUAACUUCACACCUCAGCUCCACUCCUCCUGGCCUCCCAUUGGUGGAUGGCCCUGAUAUAGGUUCAGCUUAGCAGCAGCAGAACAUGACAGUGGCGUGCCACCACAGCCAAACACAUCCAACAAGAUGCAUUUCAGCCAAGAGCGCGUCCAGUACCACGCAAUGAUGGACAGCACCGACGACGGGGACUACAUGACCGAGGUGCAAUCACCAAGCUCCGGGCCCUCAAGCCCUCUCUCGGUCAACUCCGACUCCAGCUGCACCAGUCCUGAAGCCAAGUCUUCCACACAGCAAAGGGUCAGGAGGCCUCUGAACGCUUUCAUCAUCUGGACCAAAGAGGAGCGGAGGCGCUUGGCCCAGCUCAACCCGGACCUGGAGAACACCGACCUCAGCAAAAUACUUGGGAAGACUUGGAAGGCCAUGACUUUGGCAGAGAAGCGCCCAUAUAUGCAGGAGGCCGAGCGUUUGAGGGUCCAGCACACCAUCGACUACCCCAACUACAAGUACAGGCCGCGCAGGAGGAAGCAGCUGAAGAAGAGCUCCAGCAAGCCCCAAACCCCUGAGACCCCUGCCCUGCCAUCUCUGCCCCCCUACUGCAACCCUGGCUACAGUGGCCCCUAUGACCUCAGUUACCUGCUCCAUAACCAACAGCAGGCCUAUGCACCAACCCAGAGAGCAUAUUCCACAGUAUUCCCAAACUCAACCAAUGGUUUUGAUGCUAUGUUCCCUCCCACCUACUCUGCCGACUCACAACCAUACUACAGCCAACUGCAGAGCAGCGUCCCCACAGCCAGCUUCUUGGACCAGAUUGAGUCCAGGUUGUACCCCAGCCCCUCCCUGGACUUGUACCUGGAGCAGAUUCAGUUGGACACUCUGUAUGAUCUGGACCGCAGUGAGUUUGAACAGUACCUGGGACCCCCUGCGCUCAGGCCAGAGUCUGUGGACCCUAACAGCUACCAGCUCAACUACAGAGAGGCGCGGUCCCUCUCAUAACCCCAGGACUCUCCCAUAAACAGUAUUUAUUUACUUACUACACAAGUGCAAUUGUUUUGUUAAUAGACUGUACAUAGUGCCUUUUGUUUUGAGUUGUGUUCAAUGUUAUUGUGCAUGAAUACAUAUCUAAACUUUAAAAUAUCUCUCUUACAUGACUGUUGGAGUAUAAUUACUUAAUAAUACAAGUUAUAAUACAAGUUUACAUUAUAAAAUAUUUUACUCAAAAUCUUUUUUUUUUUUCAGCAUACAGAUACCAAUCACACCAGUUGAAUGUUCUAAACUUAACUGAA